UUUUUUUUCUCUUUUCCUUCUUUUUUUAGAUUUCUCCUUGCCAAAGACACACACAUAUAUAGAUAUAUAUCCAGGAUGUCAAACAAGGAUUUGGAUACUAUUGUCUAUCAAUAUCUUAUUGAAAAUGGACAAAAGGAAGCCGCACUCGCUUUGAAGAAGAAUGCUACCAUCAAGGACUCAACCAAAGCCUCCUCUUUAAAAACAAUUUUUGCUGAUUACCAAGAAAAACAUGGUGCUCAAGAUUCCUCCUCUUCUUCUUCUUCCUCCUCCUCCUCCUCUUCUGAUUCUUCCUCUUCCGAAUCUGAUUCUUCUUCUGAUUCUGACUCUGAUGUAGAAAUGGCCGAAGCUGAAGAAGCCAAGAACUCCUCCUCCUCUGACAGCAGUAGCUCUAGCGACUCUGAAGAAGAAUCCAAACAAAAGACUGACUCCUCUUCUGACUCAUCCGACAGUGACAGUGACUCUGAUAAAGAAGAUGAAAAGGAAGAAACCAAAGAAGAAGCAAAGACUGAAGAAAACAGCUCUUCAUCCGACUCAUCCGACUCAUCCGACAGCGACAGCGACAGUAGCAGUGAUAGUGAUUCUGAAGAAAAGGAAGAAACCAAGACUGAAGAAAGUAGCGACUCUGACAGCAGCGACUCUGACGACGAAGAUGAAAACAAGAAGAAGGAAGCCAAAUCUGAAGAAAGCAGUAGCGAUUCUGAUAGCAGUGACUCUGAUGAUGAUGAUGAAGAAGAUGACAAGAAAGAAAAGGCCAAAUCUGAAGAAAGCGAUAUGAAUCUGAUAGUGAUGACUCUGAUGAUGAAGAAGACAAGAAAGAAAAGGCCAAAUCUGAAGAAAGCGAUAGUGAUUCUGAUAGCAGUGACUCUGAUGAUGAAGAAGAAGGCAACAAGAAGGAAGAAGCCAAAUCUGAAGAAAGCAGCACUCAUCGUCCGACUCAUCCGACAGCAGUGAUGAUAGUGAAAGUAGUGACAGCAGUGAUAGUGAUUCUUCUGAUGACGAAGACGACAAGAAGGAAGAUGCCAUGGAUGUGG